UAAAUGCAAGAUGGCCCCUCAUAUAAAAACAGUCUACUCGGUCGCCUUGUCAGCGACACAAAAUAACUCUUUAUACUUAAUUAGGUUGAAGUAUUUAUCUGCAAAGAGUUCUGAAGGGUAACGUAAGCCAUGGAUUCAUAUGUCUGUGGUACUUGGUAACAUUUGGUGGCAGAAGAUACCGGGGAGGCAAGAGAGACAACUUUGAAGCCAUGAAUUGAAAGUGAACUCGGCGUCUUGUUUCGACACACUUGGGGCGCUCGCUCAGUAGCACAUCCGCAGACUGCCGGGCCUCGACUCGCUAACGCUAGCCGCUAACUAGCCUGCUGUCAUUAUUCGCCACACUUCGGAAUCCAUUUACAGUGAUCGUGUUGAGUCUAUAGUUUCGAUUUGAAUGUGGGACGGGAAGAGCGACAGGACUCCUGAACAUGGCUGUAACAAGACUUGAUCGUUUGUUCAUCCUACUUGACACUGGAACAACUCCAGUAACUAGGAAAGCAGCAGCCCAGCAGCUCGGAGAAGUGGUUAAACUCCACCCGCAUGAGCUUAAUAACUUAUUGGCCAAGGUCUUGACCUAUCUAAGGAGUCCCAACUGGGACACUCGUAUAGCCGCAGGACAAGCUGUGGAAGCUAUUGUGAAAAAUAUUCCAGAAUGGAACCCUGCCCCAAAGCCUAAAGAAGAGUCAUUAUCGCCUGAGGAUCCAGCCAGCGAGAGGCUGAGUUUCUACCAUUUUGACAUUUGCCGCCUACUCAAACACGGUGCAUCUCUUCUGGGAUCCGCUGGUGCAGAGUUUGAAUUGCAAGAUGACAAAAUGUGUGAGAUGGACCCCAAGGAACGCCUGGCCUGCCAAAGAAAGCUUCUUCAGAAGAAGUUGGGACUUGACAUGGGCGCCGCCAUUGGCAUGGACACCGAGGAGCUGUUCAAUGACGAAGACCUGGACUAUACUUGUCCGUCGAGCGUCUCGAGGCCUCAAGGAAGCAAGAUUACAGCAGCAGGGUCCAGCUCCCGUAAUUACGUCCCUAUUCAAGCUGCCGAAUUGAUCGACUCGGAAUUCCGGCCAGGCAUGAGCAAUCGCCAGAAGAAUAAGGCAAAGAGGCUGGCAAAGCUAGUUGCAAAACAGAAAUCCAGAGACUUGGAUCCAAAUGAAAAAAGUAAUGACAGUUUUGAAGGUGAGCCUGAAGAGAAACGAAGGAAAACCACCAGCAUAGUUCUUGACCCGCCAGCAACAGAACAUAAAGUUCUAAUGAACAAAGUUCAGGAUUACGCCAGUCUUUCAGACGAGCCACAAGAAUGGCCAUUGGAAAGCUUCAGUGAAGAACUCUGCAACGACCUCUUUAAUCCUUCCUGGGAGAUCCGUCACGGUGCAGGCACUGGUCUUCGAGAAAUCCUCAAGUCCCACGGCGCAGGAGGUGGCAAACUUGCGGGAAGUACUGCCGAGCAGAUGUCGCGGCAGCACGAGGAGUGGAUACAAGACCUCGUCAUCCGUUUGCUGUGCGUCUUUGCUCUGGACCGUUUUGGAGAUUUUGUAUCGGAUGAGGUUGUGGCUCCUGUCCGAGAGACGUGUGCUCAGACGCUUGGUGUGGCACUGCGCCACAUGAGUGAGACCGGGGUGUCCAUGACAGUCGAUGUGCUGCUGAAGCUGCUCAAAGAAGACCAGUGGGAGGUCCGUCACGGAGGCCUGCUCGGAAUCAAAUACGCACUCGCGGUCCGACAGGACCUGAUCUCUGUUUUACUCCCACGGCUGCUCCCUGCCAUCACUGAGGGCCUUCAGGACCUCGAUGAUGAUGUCAGGGCUGUGGCUGCUGCGGCACUCAUCCCUGUGGUGGAAGGCUUGGUACAGUUACUGCCCAAUAAGGUACCGUUCAUCGUAAACACAUUGUGGGAUGCUCUUUUGGAUCUGGACGACCUCACCGCUUCCACCAACAGCAUCAUGACAUUGUUAUCGUCUUUGCUCACCUACCCGCAGGUUCGACAGUGCAGUAUGCAGCAGUCCUUAACGGUGCUGGUCCCCCGGGUUUGGCCCUUCUUGAGGCACACUAUCUCAUCUGUUCGGCGGGCAGCGCUAGAAACGCUUUACACGCUCCUGUCUAAAUCUGACCAGAAAUGUGCAUUGUGGAUCAACCCCAUCCUCCAAGAUAUGCUCCGUCACAUGUUCCAGUCUUGUAUACUUGAAAGCAAUGAGGAAAUUCUGGAACUGAUCCAAAAGGUGUGGGCGGAGCUACUCUCUCAGGCCCCGCAACAGUUUGUGGUAGCAGCCAGCUGUCCAUGGAUGGGCGCCUGGCUCUGUCUCAUGAUGCAGGCCUCGCACAUUCCCAUAGACAUCAACAUGUUGCUUGAAGUCAAGGCUCGCGCCAAGGAUAAAGCUGGUUCAAAGGCACGCCAAGGCACCAACCAGAUCAAGGAAACGGUCCAGGAGUACAUAGCGGGGGCAGAGACGGUGACCGACGACCCAGUAUCGAGGGACUAUGUGGUGUUCCGCGCUCGCCUUAUGGCUGCCAAAUUGCUUGGGGCUCUAUGUAAGUGUAUAUGCGAGCCUCAUCUCAAUGCUGCGUCUCAGGAGAUCCGUCCAGCUGAGUCCCUGGGCCAGUUAUUGCUCUUUCACCUUAAUUCAAAGUCUGCACUUCAGCGAAUAGCUGUAGCUCUUGUACUCUGUGAGUGGGCUUCUCUGCAAAAGGAUUGCCAGAUAGUGUCGAGUGCGGUGCAGCCUCGUCUCCUCGCCAUUCUGUCCGAGCAGUUGUAUUACGACGAGAUAGCCAUCCCUUUCACGCGGAUGCAGAACGAGUGCAAGCAGCUCAUCGCCUUGCUUUCUGAGGCUCACGUGGACGUUCAAGACCGCCUCAAUUGUAGUGUGUUCACUAUCGAUCAAGCCAACGAGCUGUUAAGCACCAUCUUCACAGAAUCAACAGCUGCUUUGAAUGUGACCACAAAACCGUGGCAGGUAUUGGACAACAAGCGGCAGCAGGCCCAAGCCACAGUCAUGGAAACCAGCCACGAAUGGCAGCAGUUGCAUCUACGUGUCCACAUGUUCACCGCUUGUGCGGUGAUCAACCUGCAAGUGCUUCCCGACAAACUCAACCCGCUGGUUCGACCUCUGAUGGAGAGCAUUAAGCGGGAGGAGAACACGCUUCUUCAGGGCUACGCCGCUUCUUUCAUUGCCAAGCUGCUGCAGCAGUGUGCCGGACGCUCACCGUGCCCCAACCCCAAAAUUAUCAAAAACCUCUGCGCCUCACUUUGCGCAGACUCUUCGGUCACCCCUUCGUCCGCCUGCCCCGUACCACCCGCACCACAGGAAAACUCCAAAGCAUUUUCUUUUCCAUUGUUGACAUUAGGCGGCGGCGGCGGCGGCGGCGGCAGCUUGGACAAAGACUGCCUGCAUCACAUGGUUAACAAAAGUCAAGGCAUCAUGACUCUGUACCGUCAUCAAAGGGCAGCAUUUGCAAUCACCAGUAAAAGGGGCCCUGUUCCCAAAUCGUCCAAGACUCCCACGUCAGACCUUCCUCCAGGCAGCGCCAUGGGUAUCGACAAUGACGAGAGGAAGCCAUGUCUUAUUCAAAGGAGAGGGGCGGAGUUCUCGCUAACAACCAUUGCGAGGCAUUUGGGGAGCGACCUCACCGAGUCACUACCGUACCUUUGGGAGAACACCGUGGGGCCUUUGAGGACCGUAGUCAAUGAAAAACAUUUGAUCGAUAGGCAGAUUGAGCUGGAAAGAGGUGACGUUGCAGCUCAGGAACUGGUCAACUCACUCCAAGUGCUUGAAGUCAUGAGUGGAGCCAUGUCCCGUGAGCUCAAACCUCUGCUGCUGGAGCACCUUCCGCAUCUCUUCACCUGCCUCCAGCAUCCUUACACGGCAGUGCGUCACAUGGCAGCUCGGUGCGUGGGCGUGCUUAGCAAGAUAGCCACGCUGGACACCAUGGAUGCCUUUCUGGAGUGUGUCCUGCCCUGGUUAGCCGCCAUUCACGACAGCACCAAGCAGGAGGGGGCCAUCGAGGCUCUGGCUUGUGUCAUGGAACAGUUGGAUGUGGAGAUAGUGCCCUACAUCGUAUUGCUGGUAGUACCGGUGUUGGGACGUAUGAGCGAUCCUAGCGACAGCAUUCGUUUCAUGGCCACGCAAUGCUUUGCUACGCUCAUCCGUCUCUUGCCACUGGAGGCAGGCAUACCGGACCCUCCUGCCAUGUCUGCUGACCUGAUCCGACAGAAGGCCAGAGAGCGACACUUCUUGGAACAACUGCUCGAUGGCAGAAAACUGGAGAAUUACAGCAUCCCUGUGCCCAUUAAGGCAGAGCUCAGGAAGUACCAGCAGGAUGGUGUGAACUGGCUGUCCUUCCUAAACAAGUACAAGCUCCACGGGAUCCUGUGUGAUGACAUGGGCCUCGGCAAGACUCUGCAGUCCAUCUGCAUUCUAGCAGGAGAUCACUACCUCAGGUCUCAGGAAUAUGCCAAGACGAAAGCGGCAGACGGCAUCCCGCUGCCCUCUCUGGUGGUGUGCCCACCCACACUGACCGGUCACUGGGUGGACGAGGUCGGCAAGUUUUGCGCCAAAGAGUACCUCGAUCCGCUGCACUAUACUGGCCCACCUACGGAGAGAAUGCGGUUACAACAGCAAGUGAAGAAACACAAUCUUGUAGUUGCUUCUUACGACGUGGUACGAAACGACAUUGACUUUUUUAAAAAUAUCAAAUUCAAUUACUGUAUUCUUGAUGAAGGCCACAUCAUCAAAAAUGGCAAAACCAAACUUUCCAAAGCUAUUAAACAAUUGGCUGCCAACUUCCGUGUCAUCUUGUCGGGAACGCCGAUUCAGAAUAACGUUCUGGAGCUCUGGUCCCUUUUUGACUUCCUGAUGCCGGGCUUCCUGGGGACCGAGCGGCAAUUUGCUGCACGUUACGGCAAACCCAUCCUGGCCAGUCGUGACGCCAAAAGUUCCUCACGGGAACAGGAGGCCGGCGUCCUGGCCAUGGAGGCGCUUCAUCGGCAAGUGUUACCCUUCCUUUUGAGAAGGAUGAAAGAGGAUGUACUGCAGGACCUUCCUCCCAAAAUAAUUCAGGACUACUACUGUAACUUGAGUCCUCUUCAGGUUCAGCUCUACGAAGACUUUGCCAAGUCCCGGGCCAAGGCGAGCGUAGACGAUAGCAUCUCUGCCUCUACAGAGCAAGAGGAAAAGCCCAAGCUGAAAGCCACAGGUCACGUCUUCCAGGCCCUGCAGUACCUGCGGAAGCUGUGCAACCACCCGAGCUUGGUGUUGACCCCACAGCAUCCCGAGUACAAACGCGUCACGGAGCAGCUAGCGGGCCAAAGUUCCAACCUGCGGGACAUUCAGCACGCUCCAAAACUCUCUGCACUAAAACAGUUGCUCCUCGACUGCGGACUCGGUGGCGGGGGUUCCGAAGAGAGCACCGAGGCAGUGGUGGCUCAGCAUCGGGUGCUCAUUUUCUGUCAGCUGAAGAGCAUGCUGGAUAUUGUCGAGCACGACCUUCUGAAACCCAAAAUGCCCACGGUCACGUACUUGCGACUGGAUGGGAGCGUGCAGGCCGGCCUGCGCCACGGCAUCGUGUCCCGGUUUAACAACGAUCCAUCCAUUGAUGUGCUGCUGCUGACCACGCACGUGGGUGGUCUUGGUCUGAACCUGACUGGCGCUGACACGGUGGUGUUUGUAGAACAUGACUGGAACCCGAUGAGGGACUUGCAGGCCAUGGACCGUGCUCAUAGGAUAGGCCAGAAAAGGGUCGUGAACGUGUACAGGCUCAUCACUCGAGGCACCCUGGAAGAGAAGAUCAUGGGCCUGCAGAAGUUCAAGAUGAAUAUAGCCAACACCAUCAUCAGCCAGGAGAAUGCCAGCCUGCAGAGCAUGGGAACAGACCAACUGCUCAACCUCUUCACGCUUGACAAGGACGACAGAGGCGAGCAAAAGGGUGAGCAGUCCACGUCGAGCUCGGGAAAGGCCUCUAUGAAGUCGGUGCUGGACGGCUUGGGAGAGCUCUGGGACCAGCAACAGUACGACAGCGAGUAUAAUCUGGACACUUUCAUGCACUCCCUGCAGUAGCGCCACCUUGCCUCCCAUACUCGCCUCACGGCUCUGGAAUAUCAUAUCGGCUGGCCGAGCAGGACCUGGUCAGAAUCCCCGCAAGAACGUCUUCGAGCCAAGUGUCCCUAUGACCGGCUGCGACAAAGUCUUUCACUGGUUAUCAGUGAAUCCUUUACAAAGUUGCAAAGGUAAUCCGUUUGAUCACGUGGACUCGGCAGCGUAAAAUGGCUUUCUUCAGUAGUAGCUGCUACUUGUUGUGGCGGCAACCUUCUCCGCAAUAUGGUUCCUUCUUAGCCCUUCUCUUCCACCUCUGCGUCAUAAAGCUCAACAGAAUCCAGUCAGUCACCUUGCGCUCAAGUUAAACCUUGCCAAUCCAAAUGUCAGACACCACAUCAAACUUUGUAGGAGACAACUGAGCACCUCUUCCUAUCCACUAGAUGGCGCCAUUCUUUGCGUUAUUCAAAAGUGAUGCGGACAAGAGCCUGAGCAGAGGAAAAGUUGCGUCACAGAGACUAAACCUUUUUCAGGGGCUAAGCUGAAAAUAGCUUCUGAAAUGUAUUUUAAAGAAAUUCAUAUGUACACAUUUCUUUUUGUUUAUGAAAGUGGGAUUGAAAUAAAUUCUACAAACCCUUUGAGCUACA